UUAAUUAGGCCUUCAAAUGCAAUUAAAAAACAAAACUACUUUAAAUUUUAAGUAAAUGUCAAUAAUCUGGCCACUACUGGAGAAAUACUUCGUAGACCAUCCCUGGUUUAUUCUUGCGGAUUUUCUCUUUCAUCUUUUUAAUUGCUUUUAUGUGGUGUUCUUCGAAUUCGCCUAUCGCAAAUGGUAGUUGCAGUGGAAAAUUGUAAAAAAAAUAUAUAUAAUUGAACACACAUAUUGAAGGAACCAUAAAAAAACUGAAAUCGAACUGUGAAAGAGUAUUAAAAUAUCAAAAUGUCUGACGUAAUGAAUAUUGAUAGUAUAAUAUCACGACUUUUGGAAGUGCGUGGGGCACGGCCAGGCAAAAAUGUACAAUUGUCGGAAAGCGAAAUUCGUGGCCUUUGCCUUAGAUCGCGCGAAAUAUUCCUUUCGCAGCCAAUUCUGCUUGAAUUAGAAGCACCACUUAAGAUUUGUGGCGAUAUUCACGGACAAUAUUAUGAUCUAUUGCGUUUGUUCGAAUAUGGCGGUUUUCCACCAGAGUCAAACUAUCUGUUUUUGGGCGAUUAUGUUGACCGCGGCAAGCAGUCAUUAGAAACGAUUUGCUUGUUAUUAGCAUACAAAAUAAAAUACGCAGAAAAUUUCUUCCUUUUAAGAGGUAAUCACGAAUGUGCUAGCAUCAAUCGCAUCUAUGGUUUUUAUGACGAAUGCAAACGUCGAUACACCAUCAAACUAUGGAAAACUUUUACUGACUGCUUUAAUUGUUUGCCUGUUGCAGCAAUAGUUGACGAAAAAAUAUUUUGUUGUCAUGGAGGUCUAAGUCCUGAUUUGGCAUCAAUGGAACAAAUUAGACGUAUUAUGCGUCCAACAGAUGUACCAGAUCAGGGUUUACUUUGCGACCUCUUGUGGUCUGAUCCAGAUAAGGACACUAUGGGAUGGGGUGAAAACGAUCGUGGAGUAAGCUUCACUUUCGGAGCUGAAGUAGUUGGAAAAUUUUUGCAAAAACAUGAAUUCGAUCUCAUAUGCCGCGCCCAUCAAGUUGUGGAAGAUGGUUACGAAUUCUUCGCCAAGCGUCAACUUGUAACAUUAUUUUCAGCACCGAAUUAUUGUGGGGAAUUUGACAACGCUGGAGCAAUGAUGUCAGUGGAUGAUACCCUUAUGUGCUCCUUUCAGAUUUUGAAACCAGCAGAUAAACGUAAAAAGUAAAUACAACUUAACAUUAUAUAUACACAUAAACUUUUAUUUCUAAAUAUAAAAUUAAAAUUCUAAAAAUAAUAUGGCAAAAAUAUUAAAGAAAAACAAAAAGUCGCAUCAAAACAGUAAACUUUUUCUUUGGAAGUAUAUUUGGAGAUACGUUGGCAAUAAACAUCUAUUUCAAUAUUAUCAAUCAAUAGAAAAUAUAUUUUUACAUUAUUUUAAAAUCAGUUUCAGCUGUUGUUUUUUUUUUAAUUAAAAGUAUAUUAUUAAUAUGUCUAAUAUUACAAUUUGUAAGGCGUUUUAAUAGUUGACCACUUUUAGACAAUUAUGUUUAAAAAAAAAAUUUAAUUUGUAUAAACGCCUUUUAUAUGUAACCCAAUAAACUUUUAUAACAAUCUUUUAAUAGAAAUUUAAUUAUGUAAUUUUUAAAAUUAAAUGUUCAUUUUUGCCGUAAAUAUUAUAUUGUUCUCUCUUUUUUUAAUUUGAAAUUCAUAAACUAAACCCAUUAACAUAAAUAUUGUAUUCACAAAAAAUAGAAUGUUACAUACAUUGAUGUAAGGUAACAUCAUUGAUAUGGUGAGUUACAACUUAAUUGAUUUAAUUUUUAAGUUAGGAUUUGCUUACAAUCAACUUUGAAAAUAAGUUGUAUAUUUUUUCAUCUGUAUUCAUGAACAUCCUUUCUUUAUAUCAAACAAACAAUUGCAUUAUAUGGAAUUAUUUAAAUAAAUUUUUGGCGUAACAUA